AUGGCGGCGGUGGGGCCCCCGCAGCAGCAGGUGCGGAUGGCCCAUCAGCAGGUCUGGGCGGCGCUCGAGGUGGCGCUCCGGGUGCCCUGCCUCUACAUCAUCGACGCCAUCUUCAACUCCUACUACGAUUCCAGCCAAAGCCGGUUCUGCAUCGGGCUCCAGAUCUUCCUCCGGCUUCUUGGUAUAUUUGUAUCCAGUAUUGUUCUGAUCUUGUCACAACGAUCACUUUUCAAGUUUUACAUGUACAGUUCGGCCUUUCUAUUAGCUGCAACUUCAGUGUUGGUAAAUUAUUAUGCUUCUUUGCACAUUGACUUCUAUGGUGCCUACAACACAUCAGCUUUUGGAAUUGAGCUGCUUCCUCGCAAAGGGCCCUCACUAUGGAUGGCACUCAUCGUUCUCCAGCUGACCUUGGGCAUUGGAUAUAUUACACUACUGCAGAUCCAUUCCAUCUAUUCACAAUUAAUUAUUUUGGAUCUCUUAGUUCCUGUAAUAGGCCUGAUCACAGAGCUGCCAUUACACAUCCGAGAGACUUUAGUUUUUACUUCUUCCUUGAUUCUCACGUUAAACACAGUGCUUGUCUUGGUAGUGAAACUUAAGUGGUUUUAUUAUUCUACACGAUAUGUUUAUCUUUUAGUGAGGCACAUGUAUCGAAUUUAUGGAUUACAGUUAUUAAUGGAGGACACAUGGAAGAGGAUUCGUUUUCCAGAUAUACUGAGAGUCUUCUGGCUAACAAGAAUUACAGCUCAGGCUACGGUGUUGAUGUACAUCUUAAGGAUGGCAAAUGAAACUGAUUCCUUCUUUAUUUCUUGGGAUGAUUUCUGGGACCUCAUUUGCAAUCUUAUAAUUAGUGGAUGUGAUUCUACACUAACUGUACUGGGCAUGAGUGCUGUAAUUUCCUCAAUAGCCCAUUAUUUGGGCCUUGGAAUAUUGGCUUUCAUUGGAUCCACUGAAGAGGAUGACAGGCGACUUGGCUUCGUAGCACCUGUUUUAUUUUUUAUUUUGGCUCUUCAGACUGGUUUAAGUGGGCUAAGACCAGAAGAGAGACUUAUUCGCUUAAGUAGAAACAUGUGCCUUUUAUUAACUGCAGUCCUGCAUUUCAUCCAUGGGAUGACAGACCCUGUAUUAAUGUCUCUCAGUGCCUCUCAUGUGUCAUCUUUUCGUAGACAUUUUCCUGUGCUCUUUGUCUCAGCUUGCCUGUUUAUUCUUCCCGUUUUACUCAGUUACGUGCUUUGGCAUCACUAUGCGCUAAAUACGUGGUUGUUUGCAGUUACAGCCUUUUGUGUGGAACUCUGCUUAAAAGUAAUUGUUUCUCUGACUGUUUAUACAUUAUUCAUGAUUGACGGCUACUAUAAUGUCCUUUGGGAAAAGCUUGAUGAUUAUGUCUACUAUGUUCGUUCAACAGGCAAUAUUAUUGAAUUUAUAUUUGGAGUAGUAAUGUUUGGAAAUGGGGCUUACACUAUGAUGUUUGAGUCAGGAAGUAAAAUUCGGGCUUGUAUGAUGUGUCUACAUGCAUAUUUUAACAUCUACUUACAAGCAAAAAAUGGCUGGAAGACAUUCAUGAAUCGUAGGACUGCUGUUAAGAAAAUUAAUUCACUUCCUGAAAUAAAAGGGAGCCGCUUACAAGAGAUAGAUGAUGUAUGUGCAAUCUGCUAUCAUGAGUUUACGACAUCUGCUCGCAUCACGCCAUGUAAUCAUUAUUUCCAUGCACUUUGCCUUCGGAAAUGGCUGUACAUUCAAGAUACUUGUCCAAUGUGCCAUCAAAAAGUAUACAUCGAAGAUGACAUUAAGGAUAACUCAAAUGUAUCUAACAACAAUGGAUUUAUUGCACCGAAUGAAAAUCCAGAGGAAGCUAUAAGGGAAGCUGCUGCUGAAUCUGACAGGGAAUUGAACGAAGAGGACAGUACAGAUUGUGAUGAUGAUGUUCAAAGAGAAAGAAAUGGAGUGAUUCAGCAACACACAGGCCCUGCGGCUGACGAGUUUAUUAAUGAUGAUACUGACUGAUUAAAAUAGCAUUUGCUAAUCAUUGAGGUAUUUGUUUAAAAUUCAGUUCAUCCAAAAUGGAGUAAUAUGCUUCACUUCAGCGUGUAACCAAGCACAAAAACAGUAUCCAUGUUGAAUCUGUGAAUGGUUUUCCGUUUACUGUGAUGUGCUACUGUAAAUAUACCUCUUUAAUUACUUCUGGUCUCUUUGGUGACCUGUUUAAAUUUGUGUACAUUGUUGUACAUAGAAUAAAAUGUUUUCACGUUUUUAUGACAAAA